CACGCGACCGUCUAAUGCAUGUGUGUUAUCUGCAGGCAGUGCUGACACGAGACCACUUCUCCUUACUUAUCUCAAUUCACGCUCCUACUCACCUUACUGGAGCCAGCCUUGCAGUGGUUACACGCACUUGAAAUAAAGUACCACAUCCUCCCACCGCUGUUUCUCCUCUCCCCAGUCUCGCGUGUACCAUUCGCUCGAGCUUUCCUCUAGGGUCCUCCUUCCAGGUCCAAAAACCCUAGCCCUUGCCGCCCCCGCAUUUGACUGUGUUUUAUUAUACCACGUUCAGUCUCACACGACACUGGACCUUCCUUCCUUCUUGUCUCUCGCCAUCGCCAAGUGUUUCUGCCCCACCUUGAUUCGACAUGGCCACUACUGAGAAGAAUCUCCACGAGGUCCAAUCGGCCAACGGAUCUGUCGACAAUGGCACAACAGAUGUUGUCAUGCCUGCUGGCAGAAAAUACAAGUCCACCAAGAUAGGACCUUUGACACUACCCCACUACGCCAGUCCUGCCACACAGCUGGUGAUCGUUGCCUUCGUUUGUUUCUUAUGCCCUGGCAUGUUCAAUGCUCUGUCAGGCAUGGGUGGAGGUGGUCAAGUGUCUGCUAAAGCAGCUGACGAGGCCAAUAUCGCUCUGUAUGCCUGUUUCUCUGUUGUUGGUUUCUUCGCUGGUAGUAUCGUCAACUUCAUUGGAAUUAGAUGGUCUCUGUCGUUUGGUGGUCUCGGCUACUGCGUCUAUGUGGCUUCAUUCCUCUGCUACACCCACACCCAAAACACGGGCUUCAACAUCUUCGCAGGUGCCCUACUCGGUUGCUGCGCCGGUAUGCUGUGGUCAGCCCAAGGUGCGAUCAUGAUGUCUUAUCCCUCGGAGGGAUCUAAGGGUCGUUACAUCUCUUGGUUCUGGAUGAUCUUCAACCUUGGUGCCGUCAUCGGUAGUUUGAUCCCUCUUGGCGAGAACAUCAACGCGACCAGCAGUAGCACUGUAUCUGACGGAACUUACGUCGGCUUCAUCGUGUUGACCGCCUGCGGUGCUGGACUGGCAUGGUUCUUGGUUGAUGCAAAAUCGGUGAUCCGCAACGACGGUUCUCGAAUCAUUCUCAUGAAGAACCCAACAUGGCAGUCCGAGUUGCUCGGCCUCUGGGAGACCAUCAGAAGCGAUCCUUAUAUCAUCUGCUUGUUCCCCAUGUUCUUUGCCUCCAACUGGUUCUACACAUAUCAGUUCAACGGCGUCAAUCUGGCAUACUUCAACACCAGGACCAGAGCCUUGAACAACACUCUUUACUGGACUGCUCAAAUCGUCGGCGCAUUCGUCUUUGGAUUCUGUCUUGACUACUCCAAGAUUCGCAGAACUGUUAGAGCAAAGAUUGCCUGGGUUGCCAUCCUGGUCUUGACGCUCGCCGUCUUUGGUGGUGGAUAUGCUUUCCAGACAGGCUACACCCGCGCCUCUGUGAACCCGAAGCCACCUGUAAACUAUGUCGCCAAGGACUGGAACGACGCUGGAUACGUUGGCCCUAUGUUCCUUUAUAUCUUCUACGGCUUCUACGACGCCGCAUGGCAGACCUGUGUGUAUUGGUUCAUGGGCUCAUUGACCAACAACGGUCGUCGUUUGUCUAACUAUGCAGGAUUUUAUAAGGGUAUUCAGUCUGCUGGAGCUGCUGUCAUCUGGCGCCUUGACUCGCAAUCGCUCCCUUACAUGAGCGAAUUUGCGUCAAGCUGGGCGCUCCUGCUGGGCGCUCUGGUUUGUGCUUUGCCCCUCUUGCUUCUCAGAAUCAAGGACCAUGUCACUGUUGAAGAGGAUGUGAAGUUCUCGGAUGAGACCGUAGAGGAAGUUCUCGGCACAACUGAUGGCAAAGCUGUUCAUGAUGCCGAGAAGGUCUGAAGUUGUGUAUUCGGAAGGAUGCAGGCUGACCCUGCUGCUUCGCUGGUUGGGCGAAUCGAUCGAAACAGAUCUGCCUCGUCGUUAGUUCUUUCGUAUAGCGUACCUACUCUCUUGUAAUGAUCGAGCAAUUCUAUCAACCUUGCUUCCAAG